AUGACUGGAGGAGGAAAUACUACAGAGAUCACUUAUUUCAUCCUUUUGGGCUUCUCUGAUUUCCCCAGAAUCCUAGCAGUGCUCUUUGCUGUAUUCCUGCUGAUUUACAUUUUGACUCUGACUUGGAACCUGGGCCUCAUCAUCUUAAUAAGGAAGGACUCUCACCUCCACACGCCCAUGUACUUCUUCCUCAGUAAUCUGUCCUUCAUAGAUGUCUGCUAUGUGACCUCUACAGCUCCCAAGAUGCUCUCCAACUUUUUCCAAGAGCAACAAACCAUCACCUUUGUGGGUUGUGCUGUUCAGUUUGUCUUUUCAACCAUGGGACUGAGUGAGUCUUGUCUCAUGACAACCAUGGCUUAUGACCGAUACACUGCCAUUUGUAAUCCACUUCUCUAUUCAUCAGUCAUGUCACCCAAGCUCUGUAUUCAGAUGGUGCUGGGAUCCUAUCUGGCUGCACUUUCUGCUUCUAUAUCUGAGUUGUGUGCCUUGUUUCAGCUUCAUUUCUGUGGGCUUAACGUCAUCGACCACUUCUUCUGUGACAUGCCCCAACUGUUAGUCCUAUCCUGCACUGACACUUUGUUUGUAAAUCUCUUGACUGCUAUAUUAACAAUGAUCUUUGGGAUAAUAAAUGCCUUUAUUAUUGUGAUAUCCUAUGGCUUUAUUGUCAUGUCCAUCAUGAAAAUCACUUCAGCUAACGGCAGAUCCAAAGCUUUCAACACCUGUGCUUCUCAUCUGACAGCAGUUUCUCUCUUCUAUACCUCAGGUAUCUUUGUCUAUUUGAGUUCCAGCUCUGGUGGUUCCUCCAGCUUUGACAGAUUUGCAUCAGUAUUCUACACUGUGGUUAUUCCCAUGUUGAAUCCCUUGAUUUAUAGUCUGAGGAACAAGGAAAUCAAAGAUGCCUUGAAGAGGUUACAAAAGAAGAGAUGGUAUUGCUGA